UAUCACCCAGUACCAAUACCUACAUCAUAUAUUGUGAUAUCACCCACUACCAAUAUCUACAUCAUACAUUGUUAUAUCACCCACUGUCUCAUCUAUAAUAUACGUCGUGAUAUCUCCCACUACCAAUAUCCAAAACAUACAUUGUUAUAUCACCUACUACCAAUAUCUACAUAA